AGCUUAAGUGAGCCUCUCAGCUUUCAGUUGGUUUCUCUUUAAUAUUCGGCGCCUGGCUGGAUGCUCUCUCAUAAAGUGAAAAACAAGCAGAGCAACACACAGCCUGCACACUUCUCCUCAACUUCCUCCUGCUACUCUUUCUCCAUCCUUCAGCUUCUCUCAGAUCAUAUACUUUUGCAUGGAGAAAGAGACUUUUUGGUAAAAAAAAAACAACAAACAAACAUUAAUUUGUGUUGCUUCCUUGGAGCAGUGUGUGGAGCUUUCUGCAGCACUCGUGUCCACCUUCUAACCAAAAGAGUGCUCUCACGUCUCAGGUGGAGCAGCAAACGUUGGACAUCUUGCGAGACAAAUACGUUUGGAGCCAGGACUUUUUGACAGCUUUCAUUUUUUCUUGAACCGUCUUUCAUUUUUGCCAUGCAGUUGAUGUGAACUCAAGCCAGCAACGUCAAGGCAGAGGUGUCUAAUGCAUUAUUCAACAAUGAAGGACGACUUUACAGACGAAGAGGAAGUGCAAUCCUUUGGCUACAAACGGUUUGGUAUCCAGGAGGGGAAUGAAUGUACUAAAUGUAAAAAUGACUGGGCGCUAAGGGCGGCCAUUGCUCUUCUGUAUGUCCUGUGUGCACUGCUCACAAUAGCUGUGGCUGUAUUAGGAUACAAAGUGGUCCAGAGGAUGGAUUAUGUGACUGAGGGCCUGGAGAACUAUGAAGGCAAAAUUAUUUCUGUAGAGAACGACUUGAAAAAGCUUGAUGAUCAAACAGGUGAGAAGUCAGAGAAUGCUACGAGUGAAAUCUUAUCAUUCAAGGCAGAAAUCCAGACGUUGCAGAACCAAAUUAUUGACAUUGCCCAGAGUGCAUCUAAAAAUAGGGCCGCUUUGGAGGAGCUACGGAUUGUAGGUGAGGACAUGCAAAGUGGCCAUGUAUCACUGAGAGACCUUCUAGAAAGCAAUACCAACAUUAUUCUCACUGUCAACCGUACACUGACCAAAUACAACAACCUGAUUGGUGGACUGAAGUCAGAUACAGAACGGCUCCAGUCAGACCUUCAGGUACAGACAAAGGAUCAGAGUCGCUCCGUCCACAGCCUUAACAUCCUCAACUUCACACAGAGCCAGCAAAGAACUCUCAUCAGCACCCUCCAGAGUUCAGUGGAGGAUACUAGCCAGGCAGUCCAGAAGCUAAAGAAUGACUACCAGAGCCUACAACAGGUGGCCAGGCAGACCAAGGCAGAUGCUGACUGGCUCAGAGAAAAAGUGCAGAACCUCCAGCUGCUCACUGCGAAUAACUCAGCACUGGCCCGUUCUAACAGUGAUGCACUUGAGGACAUAACAUCACAGCUCAGUUCACUGUCCGAGCAGUUUCAGAAUGCCUCAGCUAUUACGGAUAAUCAUGACCAGAAUCUGCGUGAGCUCAUGGAUCAACAGCGUGAUCAUGAUAAUGCCACCACCAACAGGUUUAACACUUUGGAGGUGCGUCUGGAUCACAAUGAGGAGAAUACGGACCGCAUCACAGGGAAUGUGAGUUUUGCUACACAGCUGCUUGGAUCUAUCAGUACUGACCUGAAUGGUCUCCGCACCUGUGCUGAGACAGUAACAAGGCACUCGGACCUGCUGCUGGCCCUCAACAGCAGCAUCAUGGAAGCCAGGACAGAUGGCACUGAACUCAAAACUCAGCAAGAAGAGCUUGCUGCAAGGCUUGACAAAGAAGUAACCAGCCUCUCCAUAGUAAUGGAAGAAAUGAAACUGGUGGACAGCAAGCACUCCCAAAUCAUAACCAACUUCACUAUCCUUCAAGGCCCUCCUGGUCCCAGAGGCCCUCGGGGUGAUAGAGGGCCCCAGGGUCCUGCAGGAAAACAAGGUGAGAAAGGUGACAGUGGAGAAAAGGGUGCUCCAGGUGUGCCAGGACCCAAGGGAGACAAAGGGCCCCCUGGAAUUCCAGGGAUCCCUGGCUUCAAAGGUCCUCCUGGGUCAAGGGGAAACCCUGGGUCAAAAGGCUCCAGAGGAUCAGGGGGGCGUGCUGGGCCUCCAGGGGAGAGGGGUGACCCUGGUUUACCUGGUCUUGCUGGCAGAGAUGGUCAACCGGGUCCUCAAGGGCCUCAGGGACCCCCAGGGCUACAAGGGCCAGUGGGACCUGCAGGACCACAAGGACCUUCUGGCCCUGCUGGUCCUAUCGGCCUACAGGGACCACCGGGCCCAAUUGGACCUCCUCUUCAAAUGGCUAAACCUUUGCGACCGAUAGAACCACAAGGCUCACUUUCUCGUCAAGUUCAAGACGAUCCUGCCACCAGCACACCAGGAUGCCCACCCCAGUGGAAGGCCUACAAAGACAAAUGCUACUACUUUUCAGAUCCAUCAGAGGAAUCUAAUUUUGAAGAAGCAAAAGAAAUGUGUAAAAAUAAGACUUCUACUAUGCUCACCAUUCAUAAUGAGGAUGAACAGAAUUGGAUUCGGAGGCAAAUUGCAGGAAAAAGCUACUUUUGGCUCGGUCUUACAGACCUGGAAGAGGAAAACAUCUGGAAAUGGACUGAUGGGACCCUCAUCUCCUUUAUAAAUUGGAAACCAGGCCAACCAGAUAACUGGAGCCAUGGACAUGAAGAAGGAGAAGAUUGCGCAGGACUCAUCCACGAAGCCAAGUGGAAUGAUUUUUUCUGCACAGACCGCAUUGGAUACAUUUGUCAACGUGCGAAUGAACUGCAAGUUCCAGUGUUAUAGCAUCAGUUGCUAAAAAAAGAGAAGAAUUGACAUGACAGUCAAGGAGAAUACUCAGGUGGUCACCGUUCCUAAGCAAGGAGCAGCAUGGUUUUGCCAAAAGACAUUUUUAUAUGAUACUAGAUGAACAAGAAAGAAGGCAACAAAUGAUAAGUCAAAUGCCAUUGGCCACAAACUGUGUUAGACUUAAAAGCUUGCCAGUCAUGUUCUUGUAAACAUGGAAAUGCUGUAAUGUAUUAUAAGCACACAACUGUAAAUAACUUUUUUUUAUGAAUUAUGUAAGAAACAAAAUACAUGCCAGUUAUCCAGUGCAAUAUAGCAAGCUUUAUCUACUUUAAUUGCAUUGAGCUAAAAUCACUUAAUAUCUUAAGCUACACAGAUUUAAAAAAAAAUGUUUAUUCAUUUGUGAAUAUUCUGUUGUUCACGUGAAGGCCACUAGAUUAUAUUUUUGUGUCAUUUACUUUUCUUGUUUAGAUUAUCAGUGGUAUGAUUUAUGAUUAAUGAAUCUCACAAAUAUAUGCAGUAGCUAGUUAUAAAUCAAACGGUACAUUUGAACUUGCAGUAUGCAUGUAAUCAUCCUAGAAGACCUUUCUUUUCUUUUCUUUUUUUAAUCUGAAAUAAACCACAGUUGGUAUUUUCCCAAUAAUUGUCGAGUUAAUGAAUGGAGUGUUUGGCUGAAAAUGGAAAAAGUCUGUAAAGUAAUGACUUAAUGAAUUUUUACAAAUCAACUAGCCCUAUAAAAAUCUAUAGCCACAUAUUAUGUGAGUGUAUAGACAUUUUGGAAUAACAAUUAUAUUCUUACUCAGCAGACUGAAUUUAAUUGAGACAUUAUUUGAUAUUGUAGGAUGCACUCCGUGUAAUGAUUCAUGGAAUCAAUAUGAUUAAUUGUCAUUCUGUCAUAAUGUUUCUUUUGUGCAAUGGAUGUACAUUAUGAUGCAACUUUCAAGCCUGCUGCUCUAUUAACAGUUUAUUGUCUGCAAUGAUUGUAAUCAAAAAUGUCAAAGGAAGUGUUGAAGCUCUGAAAUGUUUUCCAUAUGUAAUGCAAUAAAUCAGAUAUACACAAA